AUGUCACAAAUCGAAGACAAAACUCAAUUAGAUUUAGAACCGAAUCCAUUCGAUCAGUCAUUUGGUGCUUCAGAUGAUAAAGACCCAAAGCUGCCGUCAAUUUCUUCACUUACACAACAACAACAACAACAACAACAACAGCAACAGCAACAACAAAAUGCACCACCACAACAAAAUCAAUUGGGACCUUCACAAGCACAGCUCCAAGCUCAAGCUCAAGCCCAAGCCCAGGCUGCUUCCGCUGUACCAACAAGUUUGCGCUCAGGUCCACUCAGUCCGGCAAUGUUGCAAGGUCCAGCACAGCAGAAUAACCCAUUCGAAGCUUCUUUUGCACAGAACCAACAUCUUAAAACUGGUUUGACCCCUCUCCCAGGUGGACAAUAUCAACCACAAUCACCAAACACUGCCUUUUUCCAAAUGAAUAUGGUACAGCCACCUGCUUUAACACCUAACACUGUCAGCGCUAUUAACGGUGUUGUCGCCUCUUUCGAUGGGAACGAUCGUCCAAAUAACGGCGAAAAUUCUGAUGCUUUCCAAAAUUACAGAGCAUUCCAGUCACAAGAAAACAAAGAAGCUCUUGAGCCUCCACAUCAUCAGCAACGUUAUGAAAGAAACUCAGGAGAUGCCGCCGCCAAUGCCGCCAAUGGUCUUUUCUUAUUGUCACAAGCAAGUAGACACGAACAAAGCUCGGUUGAAAGUCCUGAGGUCGAUGUAGGUCAGAAGAGGAAAGCUGAAUCUUUAUCUGCUCCUUCCCCACCAGUAAACAGGAAGAGAGGUCCUGGCGCUACUAGAGGUAGGGGUAGAAGAUCGAAUGCUGCCAAGAGGGAAGACGAUUAUGACGAUGAUGAUGAUGACGCAUUCGAGGACGAUGAUGAUGCAAUGCUUCCUCCAUCAACUAGAGCUGGCAGUGUUACUCGUGGUACAGAUCCUAACAAGGCUGAAAUGACAGACGAUGAAAAACGCAAAAACUUCCUUGAAAGGAAUCGUCAGGCAGCACUUAAAUGUCGUCAAAGGAAAAAAGCAUGGUUGCAACAAUUGCAACAAAAAGUCGAAUUCCUUCAAACUGAUAAUGAAGCAUUACAGCAAACAGUUGUAGCACUUAGAGAGGAAAUUGGCGUCUUGAGGAACGUAUUGUCGCAACACUCUGGAUGUAACGUUGCACAAGCUCAACAAACGGGACAGUCGUCUGGAGCUCAAAGCGCACAAUCACAACAUCAAAGUCAACCUUCAAGUAGUAUGCUCUCACCACUUCCAAUUCAAGCUCAACAUCAGCAGUUACAUCCACAUCAAGCUCAAGCUCAAGCUCAACAUGCUGCUGCUCAAAGAGCUAUUUAUUAGGUUAUUACUGAAAUCAGUCAUUUCCACUAUGUAUUCACGACAGUUUCUCUUAGUUUUUCCCUAAAGGUCUUUUUCUUUUUUAAUAUUAUACGUGUACUCCUUAAAGAAAUUAUAUAUAAAUUAGUCAUGUAUACUAAUAUUA